GCUGAGUGUGCAGCUGCCGGGAAGAGAGGAGGAGAGACAACCCUUCUGACCAACAACAGAUUAACAUCGGGUUCGUAGGAGACCAUGUCAGAAGGGGACCGACCUAGAAGUGGUCUGAGCAUAGCCAGCAGCACAGCCACCAUCUCUUCGGUCUCCAUGGGAACAAAGCCACACUCAGCCCGGCCUGUCCGGAAGGUGCACACUUUUGGGAAGAGGGCAAACUCCAUCAAGAGGGACCUCAACUCUCCUGUGAUUAUGCGUGGCUGGCUUUAUAAACAGGAUAGCUCUGGGCUCAAACUGUGGAAACGGCGCUGGUUUGUCCUUUCCAAUUACUGCCUCUUCUACUACCGAGACAGCCGUGAAGAGAUGGUUUUGGGCAGUAUCCUCCUCCCCAGCUAUGAGAUUCGGACAGCAUUUUCCAAGGAGAAGAAGAACCGCCGCUUUGUAUUCAAGGCUGAACAUCCUGGUAUGCGAAUUUACUAUUUCAGUGCAGACACCCAGUUGGAUAUGAAUAGCUGGAUCAGGGCCAUGAAACAGUCAGCUGCUGCUGAGUGCGACUGUGGAAACUACAACCAAGGGGGUCUCCACAGCCAGUCAGUGUCUGCCCACACCAGCUUUGAGGACAUCCGGCUCCCCGAGGGCGAUUAUGCCAAAAGCACUGAAUCGCUGGAAAUUGCCCAUAUCUCAGAAGCCCAGGAGGCCCAGGCCUCAUCAUCUGAGAGUCUCCAUUUGCAUGACAACCAGAAGGGAUCUCCUUGCCUUAAGAGGACUUUAUCCAGCUCACUUAAUGGGACAUACUGCCAUGAAAGCAAAGAGCAGCCAGAAUUGAGCUCCUUGUCUUCCCAGACGCAUGGAUAUCCCUCUCCUAUUACUUGCACUAAGUUCCAUCCCCCGCCACAGUCCCUACCACCACCUUCAUCUGAGAGUCCACCUCCUUCUUCUCUGUCUCGGGCAUCUCAGCCUUCCCCUCUGCUUUCCCUGCGUUCCUCCCGUGCCUACUCCCUCCCGCUAACUCCAGCCGAAUCCCCACAGAUGCGACAGGCUCACCCACCCGACGCACAUGCCCAUCAGAACCCUCCACGACCUGCAGUUGCACAGGCUGCCUCCUGUGACGAUCUCUCUAUCAUAACCUCUCCAAGGACUCCCCUGCAUGCCAACACUCCCAUGGGGAGGGUAGACAUUGCCCCCAGCAAAUGCCUUCCCAAUAACCCCUAUGCUGUUGCAUCACCGGUCAACAAAGGCCGCCCUCUGACCCCUGCAGACCGGUAUGAUGUGUUCCCUACUUCUGAAGACUCCUAUGGCAGGCGCUACACUCAAAGUCCUCAUUCCAAUAGAGUCCGGCCUAUAGGUGAAGAUGGCCUAGCCCCCUCAGUGGGGAGACAGCAACAGAACAGGUUUACAGACCGAGGUUACCUCUCUCCAUCAGUUGGGCCAUCCCGUGCUUUGGUCAUGUCUCGGCUUCAUGGCCGACUGAUAACCCCCCACUCUGCCUCAUCAAGCUACCUGCACCUACCACCUCUUCCUCCCCUGACCAACCGGCCCACGCCAGGGAAAAGGACACCUUUAGCUAUCACGGGUCGAAACCCACUGCGGGAAAGGAACAACCAUUCUCCUGGCAGGCAGCGGUUUGAAAGUGACACCGACGCUGUCUUGACAAAAUUGUGUGGCCAAGACAAGCUGCUUCGAAGUCUGGAAGACGAGACAGGGCAGCUUCGUAUCGAAAAGGAACGUCUUGAAAAGGCCUUGGAGGUAACACACUUGAGGCUGGAGGAGUUUAAAGGCCAAGAUGCCACCCUGGAGAAGAUCUGCUAUCAACAAAGACAACUGCAAGAUGAACUGGUGCAUGUCCGUGCCCGUCUCUGUGAUCUUGCAUUGGACAGUGAACGAGUGUGGGAGGAUUAUACGGCCUUGGAAAAUGACGUACAGAUGCUGAAGGGCUCUUUAGAGCAUAUCCGGAUUUCAGGACAUCCGCAGGACCAAGCGGCGGCUCAGCAGGAUUUGUGGAGAAUCCAUGACAUCCUGGCAGGAUUAAGAUGCAGCCCGGCAAACUGUCCCACCCCGGAAAACCGAAGAUCAGGUGUGUCUCCAGGCUCACCCUCAUCUCUGGACUCUCAUUUGGGCACAAAUCAUCACCCUCUGCUUCCUUGCACCGAAACAGAGGAAUCCACAUCCAGGCCAGAGAAGGGAAAACAAGGCAAAAUGGGGGGCCAGUUGGGGGGCAAACAGCAGGAUGAACCUGGUUCAGCAGAUUGGCAGCAAAGUCCAUCUACCUCCAGCAGAGGGCAGUUGGGAGCAUCUCAACAUCUGGAUGGACUCAGGGGGUCCCCAAAGCAUUCCUCCAUUGAGCCCCCAGAGCCUGAGAAAGGGAAGCUUGGGAGAGGAGCAGAUUCUGUUAGACCAGGUGAAUGA